AUGUCAAAGGCGUCGAAAGUAGUUUCCGUCGAGCCACUCGACAAUGCCGAUGCCAAAUGGAUAAAUCUUGUCAAGAUAAAAUACGAAGACGACCAUGGAAAGCUCCGAGACUGGGAAGGAAUGCGAAGAAAGAGCCGCCCGAAGAAUAGCGUCGUUGACGCCGUCCAAGUUGUGGCCCUUCUGCAACGGCCGAGCGGUACCGAGGUGCUCCUGGAGAAGCAAUUCCGCCCGCCCACUGAGAAGGUUUGUAUCGAAUUCCCAGCUGGACUGAUGGAUGAAGGCGAAACUCCCGAGGAGUGCGCCGUCCGUGAACUCAAGGAAGAGACGGGCUACGUUGGCGAGGUGAUCCCUGACCGCAUUGGAGUGCGACCAAUCUUGAUGAGUGCUCCUGCUUCUUCUAGCUCGACGACUUUCAUGAUCAACGUCAAGAUUGAUCCGGCGCGACCAGAGAACGAGAACCCUGUGACAGAGUUGGAAGACGGGGAGUUUAUCGAAUGUUUUUGGGUCCCUUUGAAGGAUCUAUACGAGGCCUGCAGAAAAUUGCAGACCGAAGGAUAUGCGAUAGACGGAAAGGUCGGUGCAUUUGCUGAAGGUAUUGAGGCCGCGAAGGUGUGGCAGUAG